AUGUGGAAAAAACUCUUUGGAGAGUCCGGCGUCAAAAACACCAUAACCCUCUUCCACGCACCCUCCUCGGCCUCCAGCACCCGUGUUCUCACCCUGCUCAAGCAAGCAAACGCGACUUCCGCAGCCAAUGCGACCGCAGACCAGGCUUCCAGCCAUGAAACACAGUCGAAAACCGAGCGGACUAAUUUUGAGCUCGAGGUCACCACAGAGCCGCCAACAAGCGACCAGCUACGCAGCAUCUUUGAAUACCUGGGGCCGGGGAAGGCAGCGGAGGUUGUGAAAGGUGCGAAUGACGAAGGGAGUGCGUUGAGGACGGUGCAGGGGAAUGCGAGCGCGUUUCAGAGGCCGGUCGUUGUGGAUUGGAAUCAGGGGAAGGCUGUUGUGGGCGCGGAUGAAUCGGAGAUAUUGAACUUGUUGAAGUCGAUACCCAAGUAG